GUGGCCAGGAUCUCCGUCAGUGCUGGGUAGAAAUACUUGAUGGACAGAGAAAAAAGGUUUGGAAGGGAGACCUCCGCAGGCACCACAAGGAGCAGCAGCCUUAGUACUGUCAGCUUCACAGGAGCGCUGGCUUAGCUGCUGGUCCGGUCUUGGACUACUCCCGAUUCUUCAUACAAGUACCCUCCGGGAAACAGCUGCUGAUGAAGGGGGAGAGCCUCAGAGCACCUGUAAAUAAAUAUGGCAGCACCAGAUUUACUGGACCCAAAGGCCGCCACCCAGAAUGCAAAACCAAGACUGUCUUUUUCAACCAAACCUACUGUGUUAUCGUCAGCAGAAGAUAAUGAGAGCACUUUGAACGUUAUGAAAUGGAAAACUGUCUCAACAAUUUUUGUGGUAGUUGUCCUGUAUUUAAUAAUUGGUGCCACUGUGUUCAAAGCACUGGAACAGCCCCACGAAACAGCACAGAGGGAAAUGGUCCUGGAUAAAAAGCUAAUAUUUCUUCUACAGCAUUCAUGUAUAAAUGUCACAGAGUUGGAAGAACUAAUUCAGCAAGUGGUGUCUGCUGGUGUAAAUCCAAGAAUUGGUGCCAAUCGCACUAAUCAGACAAGUCACUGGGAUCUGAGUAGCUCUUUCUUCUUCGCUGGGACUGUUAUAACAACUAUCGGCUUUGGAAACAUCUCACCACGCACAGAAGGAGGGAAGAUUGUUUGCAUUAUCUAUGCCUUAUUAGGAAUUCCUUUGUUUGGAUUUUUGCUGGCUGGAGUUGGUGAUCAACUUGGAACAAUAUUUGGCAAAGGGAUUGCUAAAGUAGAGCACAUAUUUUUUAAAUGGAAUAUAAGUCAGACGAAAAUUCGAGUCAUAUCUACAGUCAUAUUUAUUCUGUUUGGCUGUGCGCUGUUUGUUGCUUUACCUGCAGUUAUAUUCAAGCAUAUAGAAGGAUGGAGUGCUCUGGAGUCCAUCUAUUUUGUGGUUGUGACUUUAACUACAAUUGGAUUUGGUGACUUUGUUGCAGGUCAUUCUGAAACAGAAUUCUCUGGCAUCUAUAAACCUGUGGUUUGGUUCUGGAUACUGGUAGGUCUGGCAUAUUUUGCUGCUGUCCUCAGUAUGAUUGGAGAUUGGCUACGGGUUCUAUCUAAAAAAACAAAGGAAGAGGUAGGAGAGUUUCGAGUCCAUGCUGCAGAAUGGACUGCUAAUGUGACAGCAGAGUUCAAAGAAACUCGAAGGAGACUGAGUGUAGAAAUCUAUGACAAAUUUCAAAGAGCUGCUUCUAUUAAAAGAAAACUCUCUGCAGAGCUAGGUCUAAAUCCGAACCCAGAACUAACACCUGCCAAAAGAACUCUCUCAGUCAAUUUUGCGGAUGAGAAAGACACACUACCAACACUAACAAAGAAUGGUAGCAUUUAUCUCAAUGGUCUGAGCCCCCACUGCACAAAUGAAGAGAUUACCAUUCUAGAAACUAUGAAAUAGGCUCAGCUGUGUCUCAAUAACUUUAUCAACCCACAGGGUCAUCUGGAACAAUGAGAACAUGUUAUGCCCUAAGGAUGCCUAACAUUUCAUGGCUUCAGAUAGCAGACAAAAAUAAGUUUAUCAAGAAGCAAGGCUAUAUAACCUGUGAGAAAAUGAUCCAGGUGAAAAGACAAGUUAAUGCAUUUUGGGUGGCUCAGAUCACAGUUCAGUGCCAGAGGACUUGGUAAUUGUAAUAUGUAUGUGGAUAACGGCUCUACUAAUGUGCACUACUAAAAAUAUUCUGGGUAUAUUUGUACUUCACUUUUCACGUUGAACAUUGUAGGGCCUAGGGAAACAUAUGUAUUGGAGAGAUUAUAAGAACAGGAGUAACUCUGAUACUGUUUUCCCUAAAGGAUUUGAUCAGUGCCUUAUUAAAGAAGCAGCAAUUCCCUCAUAUCAGUUGCAUGUUUGCAUGAGAAAUAUGCAUUUAUGGAUGCUUCACUCUUCCUGUGGAAUGAUGAAGGCAUAUGAUAACUUUGAUGCUAAUGGAAAUUUUUUUAGCUUGAGUUAAGAUAUUUCAGAUUAAAGAAUUUUGGAGAAACAUUCAAAGAACAUACUCAGAUAUAUACACUACAUUUGCAGUGUAUCUUUUACAUAGGUUUAAGUCAGUUUAUGACUGCAAGUAUCAUGCCACCAUAGUGUCAUUGAUUUAUUUCUGAGAAGUUGCUAUAGAUCAUACAUCUUUCCCAAUUACAGAAUUUCUUUUUUAUUUAAUAAAUUUAAUAUGCGUAAGGAUAAAAGGUGUUAUAAAAAUGAUUUUCUUUCCAGAAAAAUCUCUCCUUUGCCAUGUGUGUAUAAAGAAAGACACCUUUACAAAUAUAUGUAAGGUAUAAAAACCCUCAUCUUUUGUUCAACCAAGACAGUUUUAGCCCUAAAAUAUCUUGUGAUAGUUAUAAAUACAUGAUAUUAGUAAGCAUUAUGAGUCAUCCUUGACUGUAGAGGCUAAAGCAAAAUUAAGUAAAGGAUAAUCGGUAAACUAAUCAUAUUGCCUUCUUUGAAAAUAUCUUUAAAAUUAUGAAGCAAAAUGUCAAGAAUGUCUUUGGGUUAUACUAUUAUUUUAAAAACUGGCUUGAUAUAAGUACACUCAGCAUGAAAGUAAAUAUUUGAACACAACUAAGUAAAUAGCUCAGGGUGUUGAGUAUUUAAUCGCAAUACUAAUUUGUACACUAUAAUCAAAAUUCUGUCUGUUGUAAUGGUAUUGUUGUCUCUUCUUAGUUGCUGCAAAAGGAAAAUAAAAGGCCAGAAUGCAAUGGUCUGAUUAGUCAUUGCAUAUGUUGGCAGCAUUGUUGCUCACUGCUAAGUUCUGCUGUAAAAUUAUAUCCUGUGAUGAGACAAAACGCCAAUUAAUUAAAAGCAUAAUUAUGGAUGCUGUUCAGUAAAUGGAGAAAAUGCUUAACUGAGCAAGGCAGGCCGGGCUAAAUUAGUAAGGAUUGGGAAUAUGAUUGACUCUAGAUGAAGACAAAACACAAAAAUGUACUAUCAUAAAAAUGUUAUUUGCAGACUGAAAUUAUAAAUUAUAAAAUGAUAUUCACUGCCUUGAUGUAGUCAGAUAUUGUUCACAUUCAGUUGAAUUCACAUUCUUGCAAUAUAGAAAAAUGUAAAAAAUAGCAAGUAGUACCUUCUUGUUUGGUUAUUUGUUGUGUUUUGAUUUUUAAUUAAAGAUAUUUCAGCUUUUUUACUUUCUUUAUUCAUCAGGAAAACUGUACAAAAUGUCACUUGAAACUCCUUACUGUUUUAGUGGUCAUUCAAAUUUAAUGAGAGAAGCAACACAAAUGAAGACAAAGCUACAGAUGGGAAAAGUAAAAUGUAUCUCUUUUGCUCACUGAAUUUUUACAAACAAUGAAAUUGUUACUUCUACAUUUUGUCAGACUCUAGCAGCAUUUCAAGACUCUGUCUGUAGCAGCAAUAAGUCAUACUUGAACCAUCAUAAAAUGCAAUUAUUAAAAUCUACCCUUUGAUAACACUGUGCAAAGAAAACCAAGAUGGUUCACAUAUAUGAAGUCACCUAUAAAGUCUUUUCUGAUAUGUCUGGAUUGAAACAAUCUUUUUUUUUUUUAUUAUUGUUAUAAAUGGCCUAUAUUUGUUUGGGGAAAUGGAGACACACCCUUUUUUUUUUUUUAAUCUGAGCUACAUUUUUGAGGUUAACAUAUAAGUGCUAAUCAUUUUUGUUGGGAAUCAUAAUUUGUAAAUAAUACAUACAUUUGAUUAUUAAAUUUUAUGUGCGAAAGACACUUGUUAUGUAUAAGGUAGAAUUUCUUUGUUUACAAAGUCAUUUCAGCAAGAAUGCUUACUGAUCCAUAAUCUAAAAUUUGCUUGACCUAAAUUUCGAAAGAAAAUACAUGUGGGUGCAUUGCUUCCAAGUGGCGUCACUGUGAGCAACAUUUCUGGCCUUUUUCUAGUAUUAUGCGCAUCACAAGCUCAACGGUAUACAUGUUCUAAUAAUAUGAUAUAUGUGAUUAUAGCAAAAAUUAACAGUCUUUAUUAAAGAGAUACAAGGAAACAAACAUAGAUUUUGAACAGAAUUCUUUGCCAGUUUUUUCACACUUUAAAUUAAUUUUAUAUUUCCUUCAGAAUUUAGAUUACACAGAAGCAAAUGGUCAGACCAAAAUUAUUCAGUUUGGACACAUGGUUUUAGGCCUGUGUUUCAGUUUAUCACAUUCAAAAGCAUAUGUGUUUUGAGUAGGAGAGCAUGGAUAUUCGGUGCAACAGUGUUCUGCACUUUGGCAUCUUUGGGUGUUUGUGUAUGGGAAGCAGUGACAAAUCCAUUUGUUAUAUGCAGGCUGCCAGUGCUCACUUUUUUGCUAAUACCAGAUGACACUGUGUUUGUUAGUAAUAAAAAAAUGUCAAUUAUCACUUGUUUGCAUAUAGAUUUUUUUAUUUUAUUUUGCCUGUUUGUACUGAUACAUGUUUCUGGUGUCAAACAAUUUUGCUACCUUUCUGACAACUUCAACCAUUGCCUUAAUCCAUCUGUUGAACAGUAAUCCUGCAAUCCAUCAGAAACUGAAAAAAAGAAUAUGUACAUCUUGCCCAUUUCAAUAAAAUUUUGUUUUAAUAAUCCA